AUGCGGUGCGUGCCAAAAGAGCUCGCGGCAGUGCAGCUACCCGACUUCGAGCCACGAUGUCGGAGUGCACGAAUCACAAUCACUCGAGAAAACAAAGCUGAAGGUGGUAAUAUGGGAGCCGAACGAAACGAGGGUCAUUCCCCGCAAAUUGGCGCAAAUCCCUGGUCUGUCUUCGGCGGAGUACCGGGCGCUGAGGAAAGACUGGCCGGGGCUUUUGACGCGAGUUUCUGGACAGGAAUGGCUCUUCAAGUCGCGCGGAUAGUGUCGUCUCUGCGCCACGCCAUGAUCGCUCUGGCAUCGUACUGGGAGAAUGUCGUCGUGCCAGGAUCCGACAAACGAAGCACCUUCGAUUGGGAGUGCGGCACUUUCACGCUGCAGCAGUACACGAUUGCCAUAUCAGAAAUGCGAAAAAGCUUGCAACCAGCAGGCAAGCCGUCGACCGUUGAGCUGUUGAUGAGUAACUUACUGUUCGUCUGCAUGGAGAUGUUCCAGAACCACUAUGAAUCCGCGCUGUGUCAAUUGUCUAACGGUCUCUAUCUCUUUUGCACAACAUCUAAUCCGACCAAUCAGCAAACUGAGAUGGAGGACGAGCUGGAAAAGCAGCUGAAUCAUAAUUUCAAGCGAUUGAUGACACAGUCGCUCUUGUUUCCUGUCAGGCAUGUGGAUAAGAGGCUAUUAGCUCCCUCGUUCACACCCCGCAUGCCUAAUAUACCAAGAUCAUUCGCUUCGAUCGCGGAAGCGAGGAAUUCACUCAAUGACUGCAUCAGCUCGAUUGCUCAUGAAUCCCAAAGUCGAAAUUCCUCAAGCCCAAAACUUUUUCUAAACUGGGCUGAAGCUGCUGAUGUCUCGUUUCAGGACCAAGUCGGAAACGUACACAAUUAUCUCGAGCAAUGGUCUCAAGUAUUUGAGGAAUUCAGAAAAAGAGAAGAAGCCAAUCUCUCCGAGCGAGAACGACAUAAUUGCAUCAUUCUUGAAAUUCAGCGAAUAGCCCUACCCAUUUUGGCACUGGCUCCCAACUCUCAAUCAGAAGCGAUCUUUGACUUAUGGAUGCCCGAAUUUUCCAGGCUUGUCGACUUGGUCUCGUUCCUCAUCCGCAACAAGCGCCGCUUCCCUAAUUGCAUGGUCCUUCACCUUCCCAAGUUCGACAUCAACCUGAUUCUCCCCAUGUAUCUCGUCGCCAGUCGCUGCCGACAUCCUGAACUCAGACGUCAAGCUGUUGAACUGCUGUGGCUGGAGCCGAGGCAAGAAGGGAUCUGGAACAGCGCCAUUUUGGCCAGUGUGGCAGAGCGUAUUAUUUUAAUCGAAGAAAGAGGAUUAGGUCCAAUGAAAAGUUGUGAAGACGUCCCAGCCCCGGUGCGGAUCAAGCUGGUAGAGGGAACAAUUUUGACAGCCAGUGCUCAGGUUGUUGCAACUUUUUCUCGUCCAGCCGCACAUGGAAACGGUCAAGAUGAAUUACUCUAUGAGACAAUCUCAUAUAUGCGUUGA